UGAUGGAUGACUGCUGUGUGUGCUCCUUCCCUGCCUCUCAUUCCUCCUGGUACCAAGGCUCAGACAGCAGCAGAUACCGCUCACUGUGCACAGGGCUCUCCAGGCUCAGCGGCUCCGGAGACACUUCCUGCCAGGAGGGCAAUGCUGUGAGAAGGUGCUGCCUGCAUUGUGCUGAGCACAGCCUUCUGCCUCCAGCCUGAGAGCAAGAAAAGAAAAAGAAGAAAGAGAGAGAGAGAGAGAGAGAGAGAGAGAGAGAGAGAGAGAGAGAGAGAGAGAGAGAGAGAGGGAUUUCUGCCUCUUUGUAGCACCAGAAGGUUGCAAUAUUUUUUUUGUUUUGUUACAUUGUUACCUUUCUUUUUGAAUUGUUUUGUUUUGUUUUUUCUAUUUUUAUUUUUUAUUUUGUCUCUUCCAAGUUGGAAUUUGCCAAGGAAUUUGGAAGCUACCUGGAUCCUUUGCUCAGGACUCUGAUGAUUUAAAGGGCUCAGCCCUGGAAACCUUCAUGGCUGUAAGGGGAUAUUUUAGCUUCUCCUUGUGGCUCCUGGUUUGGAGCAGCUUCUGCCAAGUAGGUGCCAAUGGAUGCCCAGCCUUGUGCUCCUGCAGCGGAACUACAGUGGAUUGUCAUGGGUUGGGACUUAAAUCGGUGCCAAAAAAUAUCCCAAGGAGCACAGAGAGGCUAGAACUGAAUGGGAACAACAUAUCGCGCAUCAUGAAGAAUGACUUCUCUGGACUCAAGCAGCUUCGAGUCUUGCAGCUGAUGGAGAAUCAGAUUAGCAGCGUGGAGCGCGGAGCGUUUGAUGACAUGAAGGAGCUGGAGCGGCUACGCCUCAACCGAAACCAGCUGCAGGCGUUACCUGAGCUCCUCUUCCAAAACAACCAGGCUCUCUCCAGACUUGAUCUCAGCGAGAACAUGAUCCAAGCGAUUCCAAGGAAAACUUUCCGGGGAGCUACAGAACUUAAGAACCUACAACUGGACAAGAAUCAGAUCAGUUGUAUCGAGGACGGAGCGUUCCGCGCUCUUCGGGGGCUGGAGGUUUUAACCCUCAACAACAACAACAUCACCACAAUUCCAGUUUCCAGUUUCAACCAUAUGCCGAAACUGAGGACAUUCCGGCUACAUUCCAACAACUUGUUCUGUGACUGUCACUUGGCCUGGCUUUCUCAGUGGCUUCGGCAACGACCAACCAUUGGGCUCUUCACACAGUGCACAGCGCCGUCCCAGCUCCGUGGCCUUAACGUGGCAGAAGUCCAGAAACACGAGUUUAGCUGCUCAGGUCAGAAUGAUCCGUCCAGCACUCAGAUCUGCAGCCUCUCCAUUGGCUCCUGUCCGGCAAUGUGCACAUGUAGUAACGGCAUAGUGGAUUGUCGGGGGAAAGGUUUGACUGCAAUCCCAGCAAAUCUCCCGGAGACCAUGACCGAAAUACGUUUGGAGCUGAAUGGAAUCAAGUCGGUGCCUCCCGGAGCCUUCUCUCCGUAUAAGAAGCUGCGCAGGAUAGACCUGAGCAACAACCAGAUCUCAGAGAUUGCCCCCGACGCCUUCCACGGCCUCCGCUCGCUUAAUUCCCUGGUCUUAUAUGGCAACAAGAUUACGGACCUUCCCAAAGCGGUGUUCACUGGUCUCCAUGCCUUGCAGCUUCUACUUUUAAAUGCCAACAAGAUUAACUGCAUCCGAGCCGACACCUUCCAGGACUUGCAGAAUCUGUCUCUGCUCUCGCUGUACGAUAACAAGAUCCAGAGUUUGGCAAAAGGAACCUUCGCCUCCCUGCGUGCCAUCCAGACAUUGCACUUGGCUCAGAACCCCUUUAUCUGUGACUGUAACCUCAAGUGGCUGGCGGACUUCCUAAGAACUAAUCCGAUAGAAACCAGUGGUGCCAGGUGCGCCAGUCCUCGCCGACUCUCAAACAAACGCAUUGGGCAAAUAAAAAGCAAGAAGUUCAGAUGCUCGGCAAAAGAGCAAUACUUCAUCCCAGGAACCGAGGACUUACAGCUCAGCAGCGAAUGUAACAGCGACGUUGUGUGUCCACCCAAGUGCCGGUGUGAAUCCAAUGUGGUAGACUGCUCCAACCUGAAGCUGUCAAAAAUCCCCGACCGCAUCCCGCAGUCUACAGCUGAGCUGCGCUUGAACAACAAUGAGAUCACCACGUUAGAAGCUACCGGACUCUUCAGAAAACUCUCACAUCUCAAAAAGAUCAAUCUGAGCAACAACAAGAUCUCGGAAAUCGAGGACGGGGCGUUCGAGGGCGCAGCUUCGGUGGGCGAGGUACACCUCACAGCCAACCACCUGGAGUCUGUGCGGAGCGGCAUGUUCCGGGGUCUGGAAGGUCUGAGGACGCUGAUGCUGAGAAAUAACAAGGUGAGCUGCGUCCACAACGACAGCUUCACUGGACUCCGAAACGUCCGGCUCCUGUCCCUGUACGACAACCAGAUCAGCACCAUCACUCCGGGGGCGUUUGACACUCUGCAGUCGCUCUCCACUUUGAACUUACUGGCGAAUCCUUUUAACUGCAACUGCCAGCUGGCCUGGCUCGGAGACUGGCUGAGGAAGAGGAAAAUCGUCACCGGAAACCCUCGUUGUCAGAACCCAGACUUCCUGCGGCAGAUCCCACUUCAGGAUGUCGCCUUCCCCGACUUCAGAUGUGAAAGAGGACAGGAGGAGCUGACCUGCGCUCCGCAGCUGCAGUGUCCGCAGGAGUGCACGUGCCUGGACACCGUGGUGCGCUGCAGCAAUAAGCACUUGUUAUCACUGCCGAAGGGAAUACCGAAGAACGUCACGGAGCUGUACCUGGAUGGCAAUCAGUUCACAUUGGUUCCCAAGCAGCUGUCCACAUUCAAGUAUUUACAACUGGUAGACCUGAGCAAUAACAAGAUCAGCUCCCUCAGCAUCUCCUCCUUCACCAACAUGAGCCAGCUCACCACGCUGAUACUCAGUUACAACUCCCUGAGGUGCAUUCCUCCUCUUGCCUUUGAGGGGCUCAGGUCCUUGAGGCUCCUGUCUGUGCAUGGAAAUGACAUUUCUACUCUACCUGAAGGGAUUUUCUCAGAUGUCUCCUCACUUUCCCACUUAGCGAUUGGUGCUAACCCGCUGUAUUGUGACUGUAACCUACGCUGGCUGUCGAGUUGGGUGAAGACUGGGUACAAAGAACCUGGCAUUGCCCGCUGCACUGGACCACAUGAAAUGGAUGGAAAACUUCUCCUCACCACACCAGCUAAAAAAUUUGAAUGCAAUGGACCAGCAAGCUUAAGUAUCCAGGCAAAGUGUGAUCCAUGUCUCUCCAGUCCUUGUCGUAACCAAGGCAGCUGCCAGAACGAUGCAGUGGAGUAUUAUAAAUGUGCCUGUCCACCUGGCUUCAAGGGUAAAAAUUGUGAGAUCUCCCUUAAUGCAUGUUCCAGCAACCCCUGUGAAAACCAAGGAGUGUGCCACCCAAAAGAUGACGGCAGCGGGUUCAUAUGCACCUGCGCUGAAGGUUUUGAAGGCCCAACGUGUGCGGUGAACAGGGAUGAAUGCAAGUACAGCGAUUGCGAGAACGGCGGCACCUGCGUAGAUGGCACCAACACGUACACGUGCCAGUGCCAGCCGCUGUACACAGGAGAAUACUGCGAACAGUUAAUGGACUUCUGCUCUGCGGAGCUUAACCCUUGUCAUCCCGAUUCCAAAUGCAUCACAACUGCUGAGGGGCCCAAAUGUGAAUGUGCACCGGGUUAUGUCGGAGAGAACUGUAGCUUCAAUUAUGAUGACUGCAAGGACCACCGCUGCCAGAACAAUGCCCGGUGCGUGGAUGAGGUGAACGGGUACUCCUGCCAGUGCACAGAGGGCUUCAGCGGGCAGCUCUGUGAGAUGCCGUCACAAGCGUCCACCCUGACAAACCCGUGUAAGCUGGCCGACUGUCAGAACGGAGCCAACUGCAUAGACGUGGGCAGCAGCGCCGUGUGCCAGUGUCUUCCUGGCUUUGGAGGGAACAGGUGCGAGAAACUCUUGAGUGUGAAUUUCGUGGAUCGAGACACCUACCUGCAAUUCACAGACCUACAGAACUGGCCCCGGGCAAACAUCACUCUUCAGGUCUCAACGGCCGAAGACAACGGCAUCCUCCUGUACAACGGCGAUCGCGAUCACAUGGCUGUAGAGUUAUAUCAGGGCCACGUGAGAGUCAGCUAUGACCCCGGAAGCUUCCCCAGCUCCGCCAUCUAUAGCGCAGAGACUAUCAAUGACGGCCAGUUCCACACAGUGGAGUUAGUUACCUUUGACCAGAUGGUUAAUCUGUCGAUAGACGGCGGCGCCCCGAUGACCAUGGACAACUUUGGGAAACAUUACACUCUUAACAGCGAAGCUCCGCUGUAUGUGGGAGGCAUGCCAGUGGACGUCAACUCCGCUGCUUUCAGACUAUGGCAGAUUCUUAAUGGGACCAGUUUCCACGGCUGCAUCCGAAACCUGUAUAUUAACAACGAGCUUCAAGACUUCACCAAGACGCAGAUGAAGCCCGGAGUCGUGCCAGGGUGUGAACCGUGCAAAAAGCUCUUCUGUCUCCAUGGCAUAUGUCAGCCCAACACUGUCAAUGGACCGGUCUGCCACUGCGAGACGGGGUGGACGGGCCCGCACUGCGACCAGCAGAUCAGCAACCCCUGCAUCGGCCAUAAGUGUGUUCAUGGGACCUGCAUGCCCCUGGAUUCUGUGACCUACAGUUGCCUGUGCCAGGACGGGUAUAAGGGUGCCCUCUGCAAUCAGCAAGGAGGAGAGCUGUAUAAUCCAUGCAUGAACCUGCAGUGCCAGCACGGGCGCUGCCAGAUCUCGGACAUGGGGGAAGCGUACUGCGAGUGCGACAACGGCUACGUGGGUGACGUCUGUGAUCAAGAGUCAGAAUGCAGAGGCGAGCCCGUCCGCGAUUACUACCAAGUGCAGAGGGGAUACUCCAUAUGCCAAACCACGCGUACAGCAUCGUGGGUGGAAUGCCGGGGAUCCUGCAAUAACCAGGGCUGCUGCACGGGAUUACGCAUGAAGCGCAGGAAGUACACGUUCGAGUGCAGCGACGGCUCAUCUUUCGUGGAAGACGUAGAGAAGCCAAUAAAGUGCGGCUGUUCCCAGUGUAUGUAGGAUCUCAAUGGACUGGAUCGUCGUAGAUCAUACCACACCGGAUUGAAAAAAAAUAAUAAUUACAAAAAAAAAAAAAAAAAGCGGACAAUACAUUCUGUAAAACUGGACUCUGCUUCCCUUUCGGAUGUGUGAACAUCUUAAUGUCUGUGGCAUUCAGUUCUAUGUAUAAACAGUACCAUGGAGACACACACACAUGCUGACUGGCUGUAUAGUGCUGUAAUCUUUGGGAGAGGUAUAGAGAAGGUAUAUGUGUAGAGGGUAAAUGUGUAGAUAGAGAAUUUUUUAAGAAAAAAAAACCCAAAAUGUAUUUAUACACCAUGUGGAUAGAUUUACACGGAGUGCGAAGGAAGCUUUAUGUCUAUUUGGUUCUGGUUCUUGGCGUUUAGAUAACUUUUUGGUUACUUUUGUUUCUUUUUGUAACCAUUGUGACAGUAUUGCAUUUUUUAUUUUUUUUUGUAUAGCGCGGAAUGUUCUACAAAUAUACUUUCCGAUUCUUUAACUUCUCCUAGGAAGAGGUAACGGUAACAAGAAAGAGUAAGGGGAUCAUCGCAUCAUUUUCAUAAAGCACUUUCUUUUGUCUGUGAAAUACAACCGAUUAAUGUGUUUUUUAUACAGAUUUAGAUUUUCUUCUUACAUGGCAGGAGGGAAAAUGUAACGUAGGUCCCCAAAAGUUUUUUUAUUUUUAUUUUUUAUUUUGUAAGCCACAUUGAGGUGAUGAUAGCCAGAAAAUAUAUAUAUAUUUUUUUUUUUCAGUGGAAGGUCUAUAUGAAAUAAUGGUCCAGAAAAAGAGUAUUUUUGUUUUCUUUAGAAGCAGCGCCACUGUUGGCCAGUGGUUGCGUCUGGAAUUGCACCUCAGCCUUAGGAACUUGAAGAUGGCAGUAUAGGACACAUCUCCUCAACAAUGGUGGCACUGUUUCUCAAAGAAAAAAAAAAGCCCUUUUUUUUCAUGGACCACCUAAAGAGGUUCUCCAGGUCUUAAAUAUUGAUGACCAAUCCUCAGGAUCAGUCAAUAGAAUGAAAUCAGUGGGGCUCUGACUCCCAACACCCCUGCGAUCAGCAGUUUGAAGCGCUGCAGACUUUUAGGGCUCAUUCAGAUAAGCGUAUGAAUGAGUCCGCAUCCGUUCCACAAUUUUACGGAAUGGGUGAAUUCCAAUGGGGCCACAAAAGAUGCGUGUGCGGCUCCACGGAACAGAUAGAGCUUAUCCUAUUCUUGUCGGCAAUCGCGGACAAGAAUGGGCAUUUUCUAUUAUGGUUGCAGUAAUGUGCGGUCCUCAAAUUCCGGAGCACACACUGCCGGUAUCCGUGUUUUACGGAUCCGCAAGGCACUACAGCAGUCUGGGCCCUUAAUUGUAUGUGAAGCACAGCGCCAUACAUUCUUUAGUGGCUGUGCUUGGUAUUGCAGCCCAUUCACUUGAAUGGGACAGAGUUGCAGAAAGGCCAUGUGACCGAUGGAUGUGACGUCACAGGCCGAGGGAAAAAAAAAACAGGCACCGUGGCCCCUUUAAAAGCUGACUGGUGAGAGUGCUGGGAGUCAGACCACAAUAAAUCUGAUAUUGAAGACUUAUCCUGAACAUAGGUCAUCAGUAUUUAAGUUCUGGACAACCCCUUUAACAAACUAAACAUAAAACCUCAGAAUCUGCUACUGCUCAAUUUCAACUAAUUGCUCCCAUUUAUAAAAGGCGGUCAUGCAUUUAAUGCAAUGGGUGACCCUCAAAGUGUAGACCUGUUCAUUAAAGUAAUAUAUCAGUAUGUUCAUACUAUACUAAGCCUGAUGUCCAAAUGCUUGUGUAAUAGCCACUAGUGUAGUGCUAACAGUGACGUCUGAUGAACCUGGGGCCACACAGUGUGCAAGGUAACCCCUCCCGGGAUUCGGCCAUAAGUCUAGAGAGGGAAGGACAAUAAAGAACAAGCAUUUAUCAACCCAACGUCAUGGACCUGGUUCUCUCUAUGUGAAGCUACAAACAGCAUACAGGAUCCGUUCUCCAUGUCAUUCGUCCGACACAUUGUCCCCCGACUUCCCCAUCAAAGUUAAUGGGGAAAAGUGCGACAUAAACAGUGGUUCUCCACCAUUUAUAUGAACAGGUGUAUUAACAAUGCCAUUUACUAACACACAAGGUCUGACUGCAGCAGUAAAAUACCACAGUGACCAGAACGUGGUAAAACAGCAAGAUAUGAACUUGACUUCAUGCUUUCUGCCAAAUGACAAUUUGUAUGUGGAUUUCACAGUAGCUUUUCCCGGAGUAUUUCAAGCAGAUCACACGAUCCAAAUAGCUCAUAAUAAAUUAUAGUCUGUAACCCAUGACUGUAUAUCAGCGUGAACUAUAUUAAAGUGGAUGUUUUUCCUGUUAUAUAUGGUUAUAAUCUGUAGAAAAAGUUGAGUAAAUUGUACAUACAUUACAUUAUUUAUCCUAUGCUGA